AUGCUGCGUAAGAUUUGAACACCUUUGAACUCAUCUUCCCAGAUGGUGACCAGAGGGUGACCAGUGAUGACCAGUGACAAAGAGGGAUUGUGGUGUUGAUGUGUUUGCAGAGCCGCUUACCGAACAAGGCCGGUAGAUAAAAGCCGCGAACUCGCCCGUCCCCAUGGCUUUGCCAAAAUUGCUCUACCUUCACGUUCUGCUACAAGUGUCGCUGGUUCUGGCAAGCUCUCAGUGUAAAUCCCCCAUGAAAGGGAACGUCUUGCUGCAGAUGGGCAAAGUGACGAGGGCAACCGUGGAGACUACGGAGAUACAUGACAAUUGGCCUCCUUACAGAACCUGGACCUAUGAGACCAAGUAUAGCUGGGAGAGCGGUUAUAUUUGUCCAAUUGGUCGCGACCUCACUGUGGAAGUCUCCCCAUACGGAGGAGGUUGUAGUGGCAGCCAAGGGUGGGCCAGAAAGAAGCAGUACUACCGGAAUCCCAGCUAUGAUACGUGUGCCACGUGCCAACGGAAUUCGGCGCCGCUUCCCAGGACAUUGGCCCCGGACACCUAUAGAUACUGGCCUUCAUCAUGCCCAGAGAGCUAUGUCCUUGCAGAGAGAGUGGUUUGUGCUAGUCCAACAAGUGCUCAAAGUGAUCUUGUGCAACUUGCCACAUGCUCUUCACUUGGUGCCAACUAUACAACGGCAUCCUCAAGUCCCGAAGGAUGUGCCGCGCUCAUGGGGGGGUCUUUUGUCCUUGUGAAUGGAACCAAGUAUGUUUGUCAGACAUGUGUACUCUCGAUUGAUUCCACCACUUCCACCAUGACAACCACGCCUACAACCACUACUAGCACAACCAGCUUGCCGGUAACGGGCUCAACGGGUUCGGUGCGCGAGUGGGAGGAGUUUGCUGGUCCUUUCAAUCGAGUUUGUCGUGGUGCUGGCCCCACUGACAACAAUCCUGCUUACUUUGAAGUACGUCAGGAAAUUCCAGAUGUCGAAGCUUGCAAGGAGUUAUGUCUGCAGGAACUUGGACAAGAGGGAUGCAAGGGUGUAGAGUACAAUGUCCUCAGCAAACGUUGCGAGUUGUGGAAACGGAAUGAGGGCAUUUGGGCCUUUGACUAUCCCAAAAUGGAGGGCUUCUCAUGCCUCCGUUAUGGAUGGCCUGGGAAAUACUUGAUCCCGGUGAAUGGAGGCUUGAACCAGGCUUGCCGAGGCCCAGAUGGUAAGAAUUCUGCAAGUUUUUAUGUGGUUGAAGCAGUUCGUCAUAUGGAAGACUGCCGCGCCAGAUGUGUGGCCGCCAGGCUUUGCAAGGGUGUGGAGUAUAGCAAAGGCCGCUGCGAGAUUUGGCAUUCAGAGGUGGCCACUACUGAAGCCCGCACUGGCUUUGAAUGCUUGCGCUAUGAACCACCAGAUGUACCAGAACCAGUGGCAGAGCAGCCCAUGCAUUGAGAAUGCAUUGACAAGGCACUGACUUUUAGAUUUGACUAUUUUGAGAAAAAUUGAGUGGUGUGGGUGAGGAGCUACAGCAAUUCCUCACAUGUUCCACUCAGUGCAACAUGGCCAAUGGGUAGUAGUUCUGAAGAUACGGGGUGUGUUUGCAUGUCAUACACUGUGUCCACAGCGGAACUGUCGAUCAUCUAAAAUUCACCCCGUAUUGCCAAAUUGAAUCCCUGGCCAGUUAAGCGCCCGGGCGGGCUAAGAGAGUCCUCCCCACUUGAAACUGCAAAAGGGCAUUGUUGCAGACACUUGCUUGAAAGAUACUGCGACAGCUCCUUUGCUUACAGAUCUUACAGCACGCGCGUUUUCGACGACAAAA